AUGAGAAAAUGGUUAUCUCAACUGAUGGCUCACCCGGAAGUAUUCAGAUUUGUUCACGAAAAGUGGGAAACAACGCAAGGGCGGAGAGCAGCACGCGGGGAUGUUCUCAGUAUUCUUCAAGACAUUGUAUCAGCCAUCCCCGGGUGCACAUUCAUCCUGGAUGGAUUGGAUGAAUGCGAUUGGGUAAAAGGAUCCUGGCCAGGAAAUAGCGACGACUCCAUUACUAGCUUUCUCAGAACGCUAAGAGGAGCGACCACGGGAACAUCCACGCGGAUCAUGAUUAUUAGCCGGGAUGAGCCAGAAAUUCGACGUGGUCUUUCAAACAACGAUUCCUAUGACCCGGUGUUUGAGCAUCGGAUCACACCCGAGGAUGUUCAAAACGAUAUUUUGACGUACUCUAGAAGUAUUGUAGAGGAGAAAUUGUCGACGAAGAGCGAUGAAGCAAAGGACGAGAUUACAAAGAAACUGGCCGAUCGCUGUAACGGACAGUUCUUAUGGAUCAGGCUGCAGCAAGACACUCUGCGCGGCGGCAAAAGCCAAAGGAAGCUUGAACACGUCAUUAACUCUACUCCAUCUGGCAUUGAACACAUAUACGAACGCAACUGGAUGAAGAUUAUGCGACUUACAGAGGAAGACAAGAGCCGAGCUUUAUCCCUCCUACGUUGGACCGCGUUUAGCCUACGUCCACUGACCAUUUGUGAGAUAUCUGGGGCGCUAGUCAUAGGCGAGGAAGAUGGUGAACUUCUACUGGAUGAUUUGCCGGAUAGCAUUGACGAGGACUACGUGACUACGGAGAUAGUAGAUCUCUGUGGGUCACUCUUAGAAGUCAGGGAUCCUCAAGAUAAGAGGGACGCCAGAUUGAAGACGGUGCAUCUGGCACACUUCUCAGUGAAGGAGUACUUGCUGCGCAAUCUUUCGAUCGAAGUCAAGAAGCCUGGUUUGGGACCUCCGUCGUACAAGUCGAAGAGGUUCUAA